AUGCAAGCUGUUGUUUUCAAAGGACCCUUUCAAGUCGCCGUCGAGCAACGGCCCAUUCCGGCAGUCCAAAAUGAGACAGAGGCAGUGCUGAAGGUGCGGUACACGGCCCUGUGCGGCAGCGAACUGCAUGUGUAUCGAGGACACCAGCCCGCACAGCCAGGGUUUACUAUGGGCCACGAGUUCAUAGGUGAGGUGGUAGAAUUGGGGUCUGGGGUUCAGCAUUUCAAGAAGGGCGACCUUGUUAUGGUGCCCUUUACUGUGAACUGCGGGACAUGCUUUUACUGCUCCUUGGAUCUAAGUUCACGCUGCGUCGAGUCUAAAUUGUUUGGCUCCCCUCUGCUGGAUGGUGGGCAGGCUGAGUACGUGCGAGUCCCCAUGGCAGAUGCCAGCUUGAUUAAAGCGCCAAAGGGGGUUGACGAGAAGAAACUUGUCUUCAUGGCCGACAUCUUUCCGACGGGGUAUUUCGCUGCUCUCAAUGCGUUCAAAGGGUUAACAGAAUCCUCAAUCAAGAAUAGCACCGUUGUUCUUCUUGGCUGUGGGCCCGUGGGCCUGUUUGCGCUGAUCAGUGCGAUGGAAUACCAUCCCAAACAUCUGAUUGCGGUAGAUAAAGUUCCUUCACGCUUACAGCGGGCGAGGGAGCUUGGUGCUGAAGGCUGGAAUGUCGAGACAGACAAAGGAGGCCUUGAAAAGCGUGUCAAGGAGCUGACAGAUGGACGGGGCGCCGAUAUUGCUAUAGAGGUUGUCGGACACGCCGACGCCCUCCGGCUGGGCUUCGAUCUGCUUCGGCCAUUUGGCCACAUCUCCAGCGUGGGCGUACACAACGAACCGGUUCCGUGGACGGGCUUUGAGGCGUACUCGAAGAAUCUCUCCAUUCAGAUGGGCAGAUGCCCCGCUCGAAGCAUGUUCAAGGAGGCCAUGGUGUUGUUUGCGAAGAAACAGGAUUCCUUGGAUUUCAUGGUUGCAGAUGUUCGGCCAUUAUCGCAAGCUGUUCAAAGUUACGACGAUUUCAACCAUAUGAGGUCACAGAAGAUUAUUUUCGAGGCCGAUACGUAG